ACUUGACGCAUCGGAGUGGGUGCGCACACCGAAGCUUCACUUUCCAAUAUGCGACCUGCGAGACGCCACGCCGUCAGAUACUUGUGCUACUGAUACUAAGAGAGAGAGAGAAAGAGAGAGAGAGAGACGGAGAGAGAGCAAGAGGGAGAUAAAGGGAGAGAGAGGAGGAGAGGCAGGGAUGGUGGUGCCGCACAGAACACCACAGCGCAGCUCGUGAAUGUUGCGCUACACAAAAGAAAGGAGCAGCAUCUUUUUGUUUUUGCGCACAAGUCAGACGGAGGGGCUAUUUUUGGCCGGGAGCGUCGCUGAGACUCGACAGUGAUGUCUGUGUGCAGAAUUUUGUUUGGUGACAAAAUACGGAUUAAUCUGUGGCUGUGAAUUCCUCGGAGACGUUGCAGCUGCAAGAGUAGAUUGGAAAACCAGAGAGGUGCAAAUCGGACUCCAUACGUUUGUGAUUGGAUGUGAGACUACUGACCUUACAAAAUUGAAGAUGAUGUUGCUAUGGAAACUGCUGGUGCUGCAGUCACUUAUGGGGUGCCUUGCAGAGAGCAGUGUCCUGCAGAGUCCUGUCUUCAGCAAGCAGCCUGGCAGCAUUGUGUAUCCUGUGGAGACUGUGGAGAAGAAUAGGGAGGUGGUGUUCAGCUGCGAAGCCCAGGGAAGCCCACCUCCCAUGUAUCGGUGGAAACUGAAUGGCACGGAAAUUAGUCCCAAAUCUGGAUCUCACUACAGUCUUUCUGGAGGCAACCUCAGAAUCAGUCAUCUGAACAAAGACCAAGAUGCUGGAACGUAUCAGUGCCUCGCCUCCAACUCUUUUGGGACCAUCGUCAGCCGAGAGGCCAGUCUAACCUUUGCUUAUUUGGAAAACUUCAAGACUCACAGAAGAAGCUCAGUUUCGGUCCGGGAAGGUCAAGGAGUGGUUCUGCUGUGCGGACCUCCACCGCAUUCUGGAGAUCUGAUCUUUUCCUGGAUCUUUAAUGAGUACCCGACGUUUGUGAAGCAGGACACUCGUCGCUUCAUCUCACAGGAAACGGGCAAUCUGUACAUCGCCAAAGUGGAGCCCUCGGAUGUUGGCAACUACACUUGUGUGGUGACCAACACCGUGACCAAGACCCGAGUCCAGGGUCCGCCCACUCCACUGGUGCUCCGUAGCGAUGGUGUUAUGGGUGAAUAUGAGCCAAAGAUUGAAGUUCAGUUUCCAGAGGUUGUUCACGUUGCCAAAGGAUCCACUGUAAAGCUGGAAUGCUUCGCUCUGGGAAACCCGGCACCUUCUAUAAGCUGGAGGAGGGUGGACGGCAUCCCCUUCCCCAGGAAAGUGGACAUGAGAAAGGCCAGCGGCGUUCUGGAAAUCCCUUAUUUCCAGCAGGAGGAUGCCGGCACAUAUGAGUGUGUGGCUGAAAACUCCAGGGGAAUGAACACAGUGAAGGGGAAGCUCUCUUUCUACGCUCCGCCUCAUCUUAUUGAGAAACCCCUCGAUGUCCAGAAGCUCAUUGAUGACUCGAUGGCGUGGGAGUGCAAAGCCACGGGGAAGCCGAAGCCUUCUUACAGAUGGAUGAAAAACGGAGAGAACCUGGAGCCUGCAGAGGAGCGCAUACAGGUCGCCAGUGGAGUGUUGUCGAUCAGCCGCCUGACCCUGUCCGAUACAGGAAUGUACCAGUGUGUGGCUGGCAACAAGCACGGCGAGGUUUACUCCAAUGCAGAGCUCCGAGUUAUAGCCGUUGCCCCAGAUUUUUCUCACAAUCAACUGAGGAGCCAGACGCUGGUGAAGGUAGGAGGAGAUGUGCUCAUCGAGUGCAAGCCCAAGAUGUCUCCUUGGGGUGUGAUCUCUUGGCGGAAGGGCAGCGAACCACUCCGAGAGAACAACAGGAUCUCCAUUCUGGACAACGGUAACCUCCGGAUAUGGAAUGCAACCAAAUCUGAUGCUGGCCUUUACACCUGCAUGGCAAGAAACCAGUUUGGUGUGGCGAGCAGCACAGGAAGCAUCACUAUUAAAGAGCCGACCAUCAUCACCACCCUGCCCGCCACGCUGGACGUCACCGUGGGGGAGAGCGUGGUGCUGCCCUGCCAAGUGAGCCACGACCCGUCUCUGGAGCUCAAGUUCACCUGGUUCUUCAACGAGCAGCUCAUCCACUUCGGGAGCCACGGUGGAUUUUUUGAAAAAGUCGGAGGUCAGCAUUCGGCAGGAGACAUUAUGAUUCGAAACAUCCAGCUGAGGCAUGCGGGGAAGUACACAUGUGCUGUGCAAACGAAGGUGGACAGCAUUUCCAUUGCUGUUGACUUGGUUGUCAGAGGUCCCCCGGGGCCCCCCACCAGCAUCCAUGUUGAAGAAAUCACUGAUACCACAGCCUCUCUGUCCUGGAGGCCCGGUCCUGAUAAUCACAGUCCAAUUACGGCGUACACCAUCCAGGCCAGGACACCAUUUACCCUCGGGUGGCAGGCUGUCACCACAGUUCCUGAGGUGGUGGGGGGCCACCGGCUGACAGCGACAGUAAUAGACCUGAGCCCCUGGGUGGAGUAUGAGUUUCGAGUCCUGGCAAGCAAUACCAUCGGGACCGGCGAGCCCAGCAAGCCAUCCAAACAAGCAAGGACCAAGGGCACCUCUCCAAAGGUCACACCGGCUAAUGUGAGUGGAGGCGGUGGCAGUCGCUCCGAAUUAGUCAUCACAUGGGAGCCAGUUCCAGAGGAGCUGCAGAAUGGAGCAGGGUUUGGCUACGUCGUGGCUUUCCGACCUCACGGUGCCACCGGCUGGAUGCAGGCAGCCGUUCCAUCCGCCGAAGCAUCCAGAUACGUCUUUAAAAAUGAGAGCAUCCAGCCCUUCUCGCCUUUCCACGUGAAGGUCGGAGUUUACAACAACGAGGGCGAAGGGCCAUUCGGACCCGUCACCACUAUCUACUCUGCUGAGGAGGAGCCUGGCCGAGCGCCCACCAGAGUCCGUGCCAAGAGCCUCUCUGCAUCUGAGAUUGAAGUUUCGUGGAAAGCUCUGCCCUGGAAUGCCAGCAAGAAGAGAGUGCUGGGCUAUGAGCUGAGAUACUGGAGUAGAAGUGAAAGGGAAGACAUGGCCAGCGUGCAAAGGACUGUAGGAAAUCAAACAUCUACUAUUAUCCGCGGGGUGAAAGGCAGCACCACAUAUUACAUCUCUUUGAGGGCGUAUAACACUGCUGGAACAGGGCCUCCCAGCUCCACCGUCAAUGUUACCACCAAAAAACCACCGCCCAGUCAACCACCAGUUAAAGUGAUGUGGAAUGCAUCAAACUCCAAGAUUAUUUUGAACUGGGAGCAGGUCAAAGCCCUGGAGAAUGAGUCAGAGGUCACGGGUUACAAAGUGCUGUACAAGAAGAAUCAACACAGCCGUCCCAGCGUCAUGGAAACCAACACCACCUCUGUGGAGCUCGCGUUUCCCACUGAUGAGGGUUAUAUCAUCCAGAUAAAACCAUUUGGAGAGGGAGGGGAAGGCAGCAGCAGCAGGCUGAUCACCAUCCCAAGGUUGCCAGGCCCCAAAGCAGUCGGCUCAGCAUCCAAGGUCUCCACUCUAUCAGCCCUCAGUACAAUAGCACUGUCUUUCACAGCGCGGACAUCUUUAUGACAAACGGCUACCAGCAGACGUUGCAUCUGACAUGGAGACGGCUCUCCGGCGGAAUGCAAACAAAGCCCACUCUGGUGUAACUAGAUCCAUUCAUUUAGAUUUUAGAGGCAGAGGGAAGAUGCUGAUGAAAAAAAUAAAGAAGACACUGAGAUGACAGGCAAAGGAGUCCCCUUCAGCACCCAGGCUAAGUAAAGGAGAAUGACCGAUGUCGUGACUAUGUUGUUACCAAAGCAGCUUUCAUAAGAAAAAAAAAGAAUGAGAAAAAUGUCUUAUAUGCAUCUUUUUGUAUGACAUGUUGAGCUUUUAUAGAUUUUGUUUUCUUAAUCGAUUUGAAGUCGGUCUGGGCUUAUUGGGCGAGAACAGUUAAGUGCAUGGCAAACAAUAUCAUCAAAUAUCCAGUUUGGAGGUUAAGAAUGUGAUGUGACACCACACCUUUUGUCCUUCUAAAGUAAGGUAAUGCUUCAGUUUCAGCCAAUCAGAAGAUGUUAUUUUUCCUCGUGAAAUGAACUGUCACCUGGUACAUCACUGCAUUGCUGUUUCUGCGCUAUUUCAAAAAUAUGUCACACAGAAUUGCAUCGACAGGUUUGCUACUGGUGUCGCUAUUGGUCAGCCUAACCAGUAUGUGAAGAGAGGAUUAGCGCUAGACAUUACAUGCUAUGGCUUUACCUUACUAGCAAAAUGUUAGCUAGCUGCAAAGUUAACCAGUUAAAGUUAAUUUAAAUGGAUUUCCUUAAUGUGGUGAAAUACGAUUUCCUUCUUAUAUGAAUCUGCAGAAAAUGCUGAAUGAAAAACAUUAAUUUCAGGUCAUGUAUCAGGUCAUGCUAAUUGGCACUAAUUACAAAAAAGACAGGUUUGGGGUUUUGUUAAAUCUUCACAUGGCCAGUGAACAUUAGAAGUGUUAUGGGAAAUUGUAAUUAUGCCUUCUGUCCAUAGCAUUGCUACAUUGCAGCAGAUGGUGGUAAAAUUAGUGAUACUUACUGUUUUGUGCAAGUAGAUCUUCUACAGUUCAGCUUUAACUAACACAAGGCUGCAGUUUCAGUUCUGCUGGCUUCGAAUUACACGAUAUUUCUGAUAAGAUUCAUUCAAUUCAUUUUUAUUCAGUGUAGAAUUCAUAUACUUUAUAAUUGUAGAGAGAAAUCCAGCUAAUCCAAACAAGCUGUGUUUACAGUAUGAAAGACCCUCUCCAGAAAUGUAGCCCUUUCUGUUAGUCUGAUGGCAUCUGAACAUGUCAGACUUCUGUCUGAUUGAACACUGUUCCCCUUGUAGAAAAAGUUACUAUGACACCCAGUCCCAGUAAUGGCAGCUGCACCUACAGUUGUAAGUUAAUGAAGGGAGAUCUUCCACAUUUCAAUAUCAAGAUUUUACCAAAAACAUCACAGACAGCAAAGGACAGUUUGCUGCCAAAAUCACAGAACACCUUUCUCAUUCACUUUACCCUAAAAUUAAAAACUCUUUGGCUUCAAAUUAAAACAUGCAUAAAAAGAAAAACUUUACUGAGUAAGAAAAGAAGACAUAUAUCAAACACAAGGAGCUGAUGUUUAUUUUGUUGCUGCCAGCUGCUUGAAGAAGUCUUUCUCUUAAGUUUGUGCAAUACGUUCAGCCUCAAACAGCAGCGGGAUCCAUAUGAGCCUUUCCAAAGGAAGAGAGUUAAAAAGUGAUCCAUGUCUAUGACAGAUUGCUGUCACUUUACAAAACUGAAGAAGACAGCAAUGUCUCCAGUGUCUGAAAAGGGCUACACUAGUUUUAUAAAAACAACCACAAACAGAAAUAACCCUCAAACAUCAGUCUGUGGGUCCCACUGUAAGGACAGUAUGGGCUGUCAGUUCUUUAGUAUAUCUUGAACUUUGCGAUAUUGUACAAAAAGGAGCAGUCAGAACUCGCAGAAUCUCACAUGAACAUUGUGAGGUGUCCAAGAUGCAACAUUGAUUGUCAACUAGGAAGUAAUUUAGAGAAUAAAACAAGCCUGAUGCCCAUUUUUAAUCAAGAAGCCUUCCAUCUUUCACAUCCGGCAAUUUUCGUCCUGAUAUUAGGUAGUUUGAACCUGGUAUUAACUAGUUCUGUCCUCUUGCGAUCUUCUAAAGUUCUGCUGAUUUUCAUGUACAAUCUCUUCAUCUGUGUUUCUGCUUCUUGAGCUGCAACAGGUUUAUUGUUGGAGAUUGCUCAGACAAUAAACCUGCUACCUGGACAAAGAUUUUGCUAACUGAAGACUACUGAUAUUGGUUUCUGCCGAACUCCAGAAAGUAUUUCUGCACCAAACAAGGACUCUAGAUCACGUUAUAUGUGCACUUAGAAAGACAGCUGGUAUGGACAGAUGGAAUAAUUACAACAAGCAGUAAUUUAUUAGUCAUAAUCUAUCAUGCUGGAUGACAAAGCGUUACCAUGCCAUGUUUAGGUUCUAGUCCUCUGUACAAUAAGGCCGUCCAAGAGUUCCCUAAAAGUUGUUGAAGUACUGAAAGCCAUCGACGGGAUAGUUGCUGACCUUGUAACCUGAAGUAGCACCGAGCUGUUGUGGAGAGCUUCUCCCCUGGGUUCCUCAACCUUUGGCCAAUGAACUGCACUGGUGACCGAACCCUCGUGGUCGUCUCAUGCUCCUCAUUCUUUCAGUUAGCCCUGUGUCUAGAGCUAUUCUUUGCCUUCUGUGUGCCUCAUCAUAUGUUCAAAAUCCUCAGGUCCUUAAAGAGCCUUAACUUAUCAUAUGUAUAUCAAAAAAAACAUUAGAAACAUAGAACUAUGAAGCAGCCGUGCUGAUGUUUACAUGCUGCUGCGUCGAUAGGAACUGUAUGUGGUGGGGGGGGGAGGCCAGCGUCUUUUUGCUGAGGUUACCGAGGUUAGUUUGAAUGGCAUUCUUGCUGUUUCGCAUGGGAUACUGGCAAUAUAUGAGGCCUGGUGCAUUUUUAUAGGUGUGUAUUCUUAAUAAAAGACAAUGCUGCUGAUCUUUUCUUUUUCCCAUAGUCUCCUGAUGCCAUGUGGGACUGCUGUGCUACGUGAGUUCAGUACAGUGCAGUCUGUAUGUAGCUUGUAAUCCAGUUGCGUAGUUUGUAGUACUUUGAAGGGAAGUGUACUGUGGGCUACUGGGUCCUGCUCAGAAUCAUGCAUCAAGAAAUGUGUAAUAUACUGUUUUGUACACUUCAAAUCAUUUAUAUAAAAGAAUCUUUCUAAAGAGAUGAUUUACUUGGUUUUUAUGUAACGACUCUGUUUCAUACUGUAGCUAACUGUUGCUCAGCAUGACUGUACUUUGUCCUCUCUCUCUUUUGUCCAUCCGCAAACUGACUGAAUGGCUUUAGAAACAUGCAAGGUUCGUGCAUCUGAUAGGUUUGUGUAUACUGUUGGUGUACCAUGAAAUCUGAACCUUGACCAUCCCUUUGUCUCUAUGCUUCUGUCUCGGUCAGCCCCUCUGAGAUGUACUGGCUCUACUGUCCAUAUCCGCUCUGCAGGAGGGUUUCCUUUGUUGCUGUUUGUUGUUUAUACUGUGUUAAUAAAGAUUAUUGAUUUAUAGAACAA